AUGCGUGUCGCUGGCUUUCUUGCUCUGCUCGCCGGGCUCUGCGUGACCGUAGAGGGGGCGCCAAGGCUCCUUGAUCCCUAUGAGCGGAGGACUCAGAGCCACACUUCGACGGUGCUGACUCGCCACACGGAGUUGGGCCUGUUUGAGCACCGUGGGCAUGUUCCUACUUUGACGAUCGCGAAGACGAGGACAAAUCCGCAGCCGGUUACUUUGUUGUCAACCAUCCAUUUCACAACCACUAGGAACCUCAAGCCCGUGACUGUGACUGAGACGGACUGGGUAUCAUCUACGGUGUAUGUGGCUGCCGCGGCGGAUACCGAUGUCGCCUCGGUCACUUCGACCGAGUUUGAGACGGUCACUGUAUCUGUGACUCCGUCCGCUGUCUCUAGCACCGUCUCAACAGACACCACCGUAACCGUCACGUCGACCUCGACUAUCGAUGCUCCAGGCGACUUCUUGCCGAUUGUGUCGACCCUUCCAACGGAAACAGCAGUGGCACCAAUCGAACUCAAACGAGGGCUCGACCACCCCCCGUCAAGAUCUAUAGGCUUUAAAGACCUGCGGCAUCCGCAGGCCGUGAAGUAUAUAGAAGAAACAAUCAUCGAAACGGUCAUCAUCGAGAUCGUUGUCGGCAAACCAAUCACCAAAACAGAACCCGCAUCAAGAAUCACCACCAGAACAACCAGCGUCAUCACAGCUACAUCUACCAUAAUUCCCCCGGAAAUCUCAACAACAUUCCUCUACACAGUCACAUCAACCAUAUCGUCAACAAAAACCCUUCAACCACCAACGAUAACACUCAGACCAAAAAACACAGUAACAGCAUCCAGUACAACAUCCCUCUACGCCGCCUGCGCAACCCCCAACAUCGCCGGCUCACGGCUAUCAUCGGACUUCGGCUCCCUAGCCGGUGGAUAUAUCUCCGAGGUUUCAUGGACUCCUUCGCAGAUCCCGGGGAGUACAUGGCGAAGAGGCGAUGCGAACUCGGCGUACGACUGCUGCGUGAGCUGCAUGCAGGAUGACAGUUGCGCAUUCAGUACUUUUGGGGUCGGGUUCUGCUACUUGGUUGACUCGACUACGUGCUCUGGGUCGAAUUAUGCGAAUGCGCUUGUCGUGCAGGGUGACGGCGGUGGUUUGAUGCAGGUGUCGAAUGGGAAUUGUGGGGUUGUUAUCGAGGGUUCUAACUAG